UUGUUAGGCGGCUCCGCUGCUUGGUCAGAAAUCAGAAAAGGCACCCAAGUGAAUUUGGGGGGAGGGGAGGAGGUGGACCCUGCGGACGCCACAUGAGCGCAUUCAGCAGAGUCACACCUCCUACCCCAUUCAUGGGAUUAUAUCGAAAUAGAUUCCCAUCAGACUUUGUCACAAAGUCAGCGCUACUGCCCUGGAGAAUGGUGUGGCCCAGACUUACGAAUGGAAGCUGGCCAUCGAGAAUGGCAUCGAGAGCGGUAUACGUUGGACGAGUAGAUGGGUUUGGAGAGCGAGUGAGGAAACCGGUAUUGGGAUUCGGAUCGAACUACACGUUUAGUGACGAGCUAGAUUCACAUUGGAGAUCAGGGCAAGACUCGGAGUCGUUGGGAAGGAGAAGCACUCGUUUGGCUGUGACACGAGCUCAGGCCCUACAUUCUCCAACGACAGAAUCCUCAUGA